AACAGAACAAAUCAUUCCAUUCCACAUGUCACAAGUUCACAUGAUGAAUACCCUUAAAAAAAGGUGAUGGCUAGUAAUAAGAGACCGGAAGAAGAUCACCAGUUGGUUCUACAGCCUACACACACCUUCAUAUCUAUGGACCAACAAAAUCUUGACCAGACCUACUGUGUGACUGGAGCAACCGGUUACAUUGGGUCAUGGUUGGUGAAGACUCUUCUGGACAAAGGUUACACUGUUAAUGCCACUGUCCGCGAUCUUGGUUCGGAUAGCUGUGAUCGUUUGUUGAAGUUAUGGGGCGGUGGUGAUCGGUUAAAGUUGUUUAAAGCCGAUUUGCAUGAAGAAGGGAGCUUCGACGAUGCGGUACAAGGCUGCUAUGGUGUCUUUCAUGUUGCUGCUUCCAUGGAUGUUAUCGUUCAAUCUACCGAUGAUGACAGGGAUCAUGUUGAAUCAAAUGUUAUUAAGCCUUCGAUCAAUGGAGUCUUGAACAUUCUUAAAUCUUGCUUGAGAUCAAAUACAGUUAAACGGGUCGUUUUCACGUCUUCGAUCAGCACUUUGACAGCUAGAAACGAAGAAGGAGAAUGGGUGUCGGUUGUUGAUGAAUCUUGUCAGAUACCGAUUGAUGUUGUUUGGAACAAGAAAUCAAGUGGCUGGGUUUAUGUACUCUCCAAGCGUUUAACCGAAGAUGCUGCAUUCGAAUUCGCAAAAGAUAACAACAUACAACUUGUAUCCAUCAUCACAACCACUGCUGCAGGCCCUUUUCUCACUUUAACCGUCCCUUUGAGCAUUCGGUUUCUUCUCUCGCCAAUCAUAGGUGAUUCUGAACUGUUACCUGUACUAUCAGCUGUGAAUUCAAGAAUGGGUUCAAUUGCUUUGGUUCAUACCGAAGACAUAUGCAAUGCACACUUGUACCUUAUGGAGCAUGAUCAAGCACAAGGGCGAUAUAUCUGCUGCACUGAUAGUUGUACAUUGUCUGAACUGGUUCAUCAUUUUGCAGAAGUGUAUCCUUCCUCUAGUUCACAAAGUCUUUUAGAGGCAGAAAUGGUACCAGUUCCCACUGAGAUAAGCUCAAAGAAGUUGAAAGAUUUGGGUUUUAGGUUCAAGUAUAGUUUACAGGAAGUAAUACAUGCAACAGUUGACUCUUGCAUUGACUAUGGCUUCCUUCCUCCAAUCAAAACAGAGAAGAAAUGUGACCAAAUUGUUGCACAAGAGUACAAAUAACAAUGCAAAGAAUGCAACAAAACAAAACAAAACAAAGCAGAUGUCAUGAUGAAACACAAAAAUAGGCCCUUCAGUCAAGAAAGAGUGAAGAGUCUACAUCAAAAUAGUAAAUGCCAACUGCCAUAAACAAUAAAUCUUUUAGUAUUGUCUAUCUUUAAACUGCUUUAUCAUUAAAAUGAGCUGCUAGUUUCUAAACCCAUAUGCGGAUAUUGUUUUGCUUUUGCAUGUAUCCCAGAGCAUUUAUUUAAA